AUGCAAUCAAAAAUGCCUAGCUUAAAAGCUUUGCUUUUGGCUCUUUUCAUCAUUGCAGUAGUAGUUGAUCAGAGUUUUGUUGAAGCAAAUUUUCCCAAGAGCAUGUACAUAAACUGGGGUGCCCAUCAUUCAAGUUUUGCAGGCAAUGGUGAAGACCUCCAACUUGUGUUGGAUCAAACUUCAGGUUCUGAUGUUAAAUCGAAAAGGUCAUUCUUAUUUGGAAGCAUUGAAAUGCUAAUCAAGUUGGUACCUGGAAACUCAGCUGGAACAGUCACAGCCUACUAUGUAACCUCUACAGGAGACGAGCAUGACGAGAUCAACUUCGAGUUCUUAGGUAAUGUUUCUGGACAACCAUAUAUUGUUCACACAAACAUCUAUACCCAAGGAAAUGGAAGCAGGGAACAGCAAUUCUACCUGUGGUUUGACCAGACUGCCGAUUUCCACAACUACACCAUACACUGGAAUCCCACUGAAGUUGUGUGGUACAUCGACAACCUGCCAAUCCGUGUUUUCAGAAACUAUGAGAAGGACGGCAUUGCCUUUCCGAACAAGCAGGGCAUGAGGGUACAUGCCAGUUUAUGGAAUGCGGACAAUUGGGCAACAAGAGGUGGGCUAGUCAAGAUUGACUGGAACAGUUCACCUUUCAUUGCCCGAUUCCACAGGUUCAGGGCAAGAGCUUGCAAGUGGGAUGGGCCAGUGAGUAUCAAUCAAUGUGCCACCAAAUCCCCAGCUAACUGGUGGACUUCCCCUAGUUUCAGUCAGUUGAGCAGUAGCCAAAUGGGUCAAUUGAAUUGGGUCAGACAAAACUUCAUGAUCUAUGACUACUGCAAAGAUACUAAAAGAUUCAAUGGACAGAUUCCUCCUGAAUGUUUUAAACAGCAGUUCUAACUCAUCAUCAGCAAUCAAUCAAUAUGAAGAGACCCUCAUCUACAUUCUAAAAGGACUGAAAAGUUCUUGAAUUCCAUUUC